AUGCGCGAGCGCGACGACGCGAGCGAGGAGAGAACGGGGAAACAACGCGGCGCGUCGGGGUGCGCGUGCGGGAAAGACGCGAGCGUGGCGUACGAGGCGUGCUGCGGGCGGGCGCACGGGGACGCGAACGCGGCGGCGGCGCUCGCCGCCGAGGACGUGAUGCGCGCGAGAUUCACGGCGUACGUCGUCGGCGACGCGCAAUAUAUCGUGAGCUCGACGCACGAAGAGUCCAAAGAUCGCGCGCGGGAGUCCCUGCUGAGGGACGCGGAGAACACGAUCAAGCGAAUACGAUUCCACUCGUUUCGAGCGAAGCGGUCGAGCGAGAAAGACGGCGAGGCGUACGUGACGUACGAGGCGGAUUACACCCAAGGAAAGGGAAGGGGAAAGAUGAAAACGUUAGCCGAACGCGCGCGCUUGCGAAGAGACGCGGAGACCGGAGGGUGGAAAUUUGUGGACGCCGUGGCGUUGGGCGCGAACGCGUCGCUCGACGACGCGGGCGACGCCGCCGCGCCGGGCGCGCCCGAUCCCAGCCGCCGACCGAUGUGA